GUCGCUUUUGUCUUACUUCUUCUUCCUCUUCCCCAGAUUACUAUGGCCUAGUCAAGAGAAGCAUAUAGCAAAAAAAGAGAAAACGAGAAGAAAGACUCAGGCCGAGAACGAGUCCACCUCCGCUAUCUUCCAUUGUUUGACAUCACCGUCGGAAAAGUCACCCCUCCCUUCAUACCCGCACCUAUUAUACCCACCCAUAUCCCCCCCUCCCCCCCAUAAUAUGACAACCCCCGAAACCCGCGACGCCGCAAUCCGCGAAGCAAAGCGCUACAUCCGCGACAUCGUCCGCAAUGAUUGGAUCUUCGAGCCCUCAACGACCACAACAGGUCCGCGCUUCCAAACCGCAUGGCCGAUCUCCGAGCGUGACGUUAAGGAAUGGCGACCACGUGACUACGAAGAUUCGUGCUCUGAGUUUGAGCCCGAGAGCGAUGAUGGGGAUGCAGAGCUGGAGAGGGAGAGUUCGGGGUCUGGGGCUGAGGAGCGGAGGAAGAGGAGGAGGAGGGCGGUGGAGGAGGAGAUUGAGUGGAAUGAGGGAUUGAGGAUUUGGGUUGAGAGGAGGGAGGCAUGGUCGGGGGCUAGGACGAAGAGGGAGAUUAAUGAGAGGGAAGAGAGGUUAAGGAGUGAUGCGGCUGAUGGCGCUGGUGGUGGGGAUAAUGCUGCUACGGGUGUCGGUGAUGCGACGGAUGGUGAUGGUUCUGCGCUUGCUGCGAAGACGGAGGAAUCGCUUACUAUUGCUGGGAGUGAUGCGCAGGAGGAUAAACCGCAGCAACCUACCGAGUCGAAUAUCACAGAAUCAGAUCCCCUACCUGAAGACGACCACCAGCACCACGAAAUACCCUCUCCAGACUCCUCGACACCCUACUCCGUUGCCGAUGAAUCCUACAUCCCCAUCGUCCCUUCCAUCCUCUCUGAAACAAACCCCAUCCGCGCCUCCAUCACAUCAAGCAUGUAUCCCUCCAUCUACAGCAAAGUCAUCGUGCAAUCCCUCACCCCAACAGUCCCCAUCAACCUCGCCGACGUGACAAAAGCCAUGGUACAAGGCUGGAAAGCAGACGGGCAGUGGCCGCCGAAACCUGCCGCCACCAAUAUUGUCCUGCAAGACGACGCGACGGUAAAGAAGAAGGAUGACGGCACGGAGAAAGAGACAAAGAAGAAGGGGGGUGUUGCAAGUGCUGUGCGCAAGGUUCUGCAUUUCUCAGGAUUCCAUCCACAUCAUCAUCCGUUCCAUCGCAGGGGGUCCAGUCAUGGGAGUGGGCAUCAUCAUGAACAUCCGGGAAGCCCGGGGCCGUCGAAUGGAAGAUAACGCUCUGUCUGUGACGAAGACUUGAAGAAAUAUUGUUAUGAUGUGAAAAAAUGAGUGAUGACUUUGGAUCUAUCUUGGGUUUUGAUACUAUACGCAAGCUAGUUAUUGUGAUUUUGAUGGCGGCCAAAGUGAUUCUAAUGAUAUCUGGAGAUGUGCUUGGUUUUACUUGCAUUUGUAUAUCAUACUAUUAUUAUAGUGUGUAAUUCGUUAUGAUCCUUCUGGGUUUUUCCCGCCCUCGGUGUUGUAUGCGUGGCAGCCAAACAUUGUCAUAGAUAUGGCAGUGUUCACUAUAGGAUAUUGCAUCUACCGUUUGUUCUUUAAUUAUGAUAUCUUCCGAAAUGGCCGUCUGGCAUGACCUCGUGUUUGGAGUGGGGGUG